GUUCUUUUUGUGCAUAUUGACUGUAGGGCGUGAAAUUGAUUAGUGACUCCUGGUGGCAGCCGUGCCGCUGCUUCUUGUACUUGGUUUUGUACUUACUUCUGAGUAUUGGUCUUGGUGACAUUAUUCAGUUCUUCGUGUGUUCACCUGUUUACUUGAGUGCAUCUAUUGCAGCUGCAGUAGGCCUCGAGCUCAAGGAGCACAAAAGUAGGUCGAAAGAUAUGACAGGCAGCGCGACGAGUACAGACGCGGGCGUCGGCCCGCCCACGCCGUCGCAAAGCGGUAACCUCCACUUGCAGGUUCCCCAAAGCCCAGCCCGGCGACGCUCCUCUCGAAAGGGCGGAAUCGCACUCCGUUGUGAGAAACUUUGCGUCAAUCGGGGCGAGAAGCGGAUCCUGCAUGAGGUAUCCGUCUGUUUCGCGGAGUCCGAGUUCGUGGCGAUCAUGGGAGCGAGUGGCGCGGGAAAAACUACGUUUUUGAAUUCGUUGAUGGGAAGACCUGGAGUGGGCGCCAGUUGGAAUGGGAGCUUAGUUUUUGACAGCGUCAACAUGACAGCGUGUUCGCAGCUGGAACGGGACGAGCUUCGGGCAAGGAUGGGCUACGUCACGCAGGACGACAUCAUGUUGCGCGUGUUGACCCCCCGCGAGGCGCUGCGGUACCGCCUGCUCUCGGUAGGGGCCGACUACGAGAAUGUCGACGAGGAGGUGGCCUCUAUGCUGCUCCGCAUGGGCCUGGAGAAGUGCGCAGACACGAAAGUUGGGGACGAAGCGUCCUCCAUCGGCGGCGCCGGUGGACUGAGUGGGGGCGAGCGGAAGCGACUCAAUGUUGCCUUGUCACUCUGUUCUGAUCCCGACUUGCUGCUGCUGGACGAGCCGACCUCCGGGCUCGACAGCCGGAAAGCGAAAACCUUGGUUGAGGAUCUGCGGCAGCUGACCAACGACGACGGCGCGGGAGUGAAGGGAGUCACCUAUCCUGUGCAAAAGUAUCGUAUUCGUAGUAAUCCCAGUCAUGCAUUACAAACCUCCAUCCCAAGGUCGUGAAACAGCAUGACAAAUUCUAUUUCUCAUGCGGACUAUGGGGGGACAAACUAGGGGCGACGAACUGAGAACGGCCUUUUUUCGAGGCUUAGAUAUAGCGGGUUUUUGGCGAAUUGCCCACUUUCGGGGAAGCUCAGGCGAGGCCCCCUGCGUCUAGUUUUUGCGCAAUAGCAGCGGCCUAAUGCGCCGAAUUCUCUACCUGAAGUUCGCGCCUGCACCACUUGCAUUGUUUCGAAAACGGCGCGGCGCUCGCGCUAGAAAUACCUUCUAUAGAAUAUCCGCGCCCAUUCCGCCCUAAAUAUUGAAUAUCCAGCGCGGUAUCCUAUAUCCACGCCGUCCCGUCGUGGAUAUACACCAGGGGGGCGUAAUAUUUUAUAAAAUGACUUCCGCCGAUUUGGCUCCGGAAAUGGUUGCCAUGGACACAGAAAGUAAAUCCGUGCGCGUGCAUUUGGGCGCGCUGGCGAACCAAAAAAAUCAAGCAACCCAAGAAAUCGAGCCUAUAUCUAGACGCAAAAACAAGGCCAUUCUCAGUUCGUUUCCGAAUUUUGUCCCCCCAUAAUGCGGACCGAAUUCGUAAUGCGAUUUCUACUAGUGCCGCGAUGCUUAUGCUUUUGCAAUGCAUAUCACCGUCAUCUCGACGAUCCACCAACCUUCCGCGGAGGUCUUCAGGAUGUUCAAAAAAGUCUUUCUGCUCGCCGGACACGGGGAAGCGGUGUUUUUUGGAACCGUGCAGCAGCUCAUCGCAAAGUUCAAGGAACUAGGUUGUCCGGUCCCAGCGGAUACGAACCCCGCGGACCACGUCAUGGAUGUUCUCGAGACGCUGCCGGAAGUAGUGCGAAAAAUAUCCAGGAAAAAACACCCAUCCCCAUCCAUUUUUUGCAUGCCAAAUACGGGACUUUAUGCAUGUUUUGCAUCACAAAUUGGAUGGGGAUGGGUGUUUUUUCCUGGAUAAAAAAUGAAGAAAAGCUACGACGAGGGGGUCGCAGUCACUAAUAGUCUAAGCGGACCUGCUGGUGCCAUUGGUGUCGCCCCUGCUGCCAUCGGAAUGGUGGACGUCGCUAGUACUAGUGCAGCUAGCCACAGUGCUGGUGUAGCCAAGCGCGGUCCAGUUGUCCCCAUGUUCAAGGUGCUGCUCCACCGUUCUUUCACGUGCAUGAAACGGGAACCGUUCUUGACCAAAAUUCGUUUGGCGCAGACGGUGUUUAUUGGCCUCAUGGUUGGCUUUCUGUUUUUCCAGCUCGAGAAAAACGUCGUCGGUGUGCGGAACCGAUCGGCGGUUGCGUUCCUGCUGUGCCUCACGCAGCUUCUCUUUUCGGCCUUAGGAAUGCUGAAUGUGUUUAUCGGCGAACGUCCCGUGUUUCUGCGCGAGGCGCUCGACCGCCUGUACACCCCGUGGCAGUUUUGGCUCAGUAAGGUUUUGCUGGACAUUCCGUUGCAAAGCUUCUACGCAGGGCUGACGGUCUGCAUCGUCUACUACCUCUAUGGCGCGCGCAAAGUUGCGUUUUUAAAAGUACUAGAAUUUUUUUUUUAAUGUUUGCAUGGCACGUCGGCAACUAGCUAUAUUAGACUAGAUAGAGUUAGCUAAUUAUACUAGAUGGAGUUUUGCAUGCAUAGCAAGGCGUCCAAUUCAGAGGUAGUAAAGUCGUCUUCCACGAAGGGGGGCUGGUCCACGGAUCUGUCCGCAACGCUAUCGGUACGUCGUGGCGAGCGCGGACAUGUUUCUGGUUGCGCGCACAGUCAUCUACUCCGGUUGAAACAGUAGAGCGACCAUCUCAUGACGUUCAGCGUCUAGUACGAGUUUGCGAAUGACUUCGCAAUACGCAAGUGCGGAGACCGCCUGUUGUGGACCGCAGCGAAAAGAGCAACCGGCACGCAGGCCUUCCCCAACACGAGGCCCCCCAAAGGGGCUUCGAAGGGGCCGGCAAAAUGGCCUACGAAACACCCCCCCAAAAAAUCGCCAAUCCCGAUGUAACUACCCCUCCCGAAGAGGCCGAUCAGUUGGCAUCUGCGGAGGGGUGCAAACUCGGGCGAAGUUUCACAAUAGAUUCGCAGAGGUUUUUUUCCCAUGUGCGACAGCUAAUGCGCCGUCGCAGUGUAGGUAGCGCCAUCGUGCGCCAGAGUCAAGAUCUGGCUGGAUGUUCGGAACCAGGUAUCGGAGGUUGGUAAGCUCCCCGCGGUUUUCGUCGUUUUGGGACCGUACACCUAGCCACAGCUCCGAGUAGAAGACCCUCAGCAAGGCUUGGCGACGGGACCGCCCUGGACAGAUCCGUAGACCAGAGCCUCGAAGAGUACCAGCCAACUUACCUCUCGGCGCCGACGUGCUUUUGCACUUAUUCGCGCUGAACUUCUCAUGCAUAUUUAGAAUUAGCUAGUUUUAUUAGCUAGGCUUGAGCACUGAAGCGCUUGCAAAAAAAAAAUUCUAGUACUUUUCAAAAAGCAACUUUGCGCGCGCCAUAACCUCAUCGGGUUAAACCAGGACUCCUUUGACAAUUUUCUGGUCGCUGUCCUGGUGAUCAUGCUGCAGGCGAAUGUGGGUUCCUCGUUCGGUUUCAUCGUGUCCGCGAAGGCCGGCAGCAUCGACAAGGCCCUGGCCAUCACGCCGGUGGUCGUGCUGCCCCAGGUACUUCUCUCCGGCUUCAUGAUCGACGUCGAGUCGAUGCCCCUCUUCCCGUUCGGCGCACUUUCCUACGUGACGCCGUUCCGCUACGCGUGGCAGGCGCUCGUUUUCAAUGAGUUCAAUUGCAAGGAACCGGACGCGUCGUGUCGAACCAGCGCGUGGUUGGAAAUGGGGCACCCUGGUACCGCAACGCUGUGACGCGGCACUUCAGUUUUUCAGUUUUUAUUUUCUUCGCCUAGAUGAAACCAUAGAUACCUCCGACUGAAAGCCGAAAUGUUCUUAGAUGAUGAAGACUUACUUCACAAUCACAAAGAGUGAAGAGAAGAAAGAUAAAGAACUGAAACCAGGAGUCAACAACUCCUGGGACUGCAACGUCUACGAUGUUGAAAAGUACCAGAAAGAGAAAGAGAAACAUAUGGAUUAUAUGUGGCGUAGUUGUGUAUCGGCACUUGCACUUCGAUUUGAAUUUCCAAAGCCAAAUUGAUAAGAAUAACGCCACGUGGAUCAUCUUCGAUACGACCGUGAGUAGAGACCUGUCUGGAAUUUCCCAUUGUUCAGGUGUACAUCCAGCGCCGAAGACGUGCAGUGAUUCGCCCUGCCCUUUUUGCUGCGACUCGCGGGAGCUCGUCGGCACCGUUGGUAUCUGUCCUGUCACCACCUGCGACGGGGCCUUGCAAUCCCUCGGACUCACGUCCGGCGACAUUUGGCCAGUGGGUGACACAGUUUCUGAAAAUUCCUCUUUCUCCGUCUUCGUUUUGUUGGGCAUCACCGUGUUUCUGCGGCUGCUUUCUUUUGUCGUGUUACUGCGAGAAUACCGGAAGAUCGAGCGCGCCGGAUCCAUUCGGACCAUGGCUACUAGCUCUCCGGAGAUCGACAAAGCGGAAAGACUCGCUGGAGAGCAAACGGAUGUCGAGCAGGUGGCGCAGGCCGGAGUGUUUCUUCCGGAGGUAAUUCCACCGGAAAAGAAACAAUAACAAACCGCCUAGACCACGAUCCGAGAAGCGUAAAUGAAUAUGCUUCAUGAUCGAGAAGUUGUAUUGCUAUUGCUCCUGUGUUGGUUACAAGUAAGAACAACUCGAGCCAUUUUUUUAAGUAAUUGUAAUUUUUUUUUGUCCUAUCAUCCGAUGCGAUCCCGUUGUAAGGUCGUGUGGACGAUCUUCACGAUGCAUGUGGUCGAUGCCGUAUCCAUUACGAUUUGGCCGACAAUGCCUGUGUGGCGGAGUUGCCUAUCUAAAAAUCGCUUAAAUUCACCUCGGACUUCACAGAUUAACAACGAGGAAACGUAUGCGAUUCGUUAGCAUAAUUACGAUCACUCCAACUAAGAACAAAUAACUUUGAAGGGGCCUGGUUGUCUGUGAGCUAAUUCAGAAAUGCAUGCGUUGAUGCGAUGCAGAUUUUUGUGUCGAACUUCUUUGGACAAAACUUGCAUCGACCUCCUUGUCCUUGUUUUCUCAGCAAGCUUUGCGGGGCUGCAGUGGAAGUAGAGGAAGAUAAAGAAAUUGAGAUUCUAGAGCAUCAAACAGACCAGAACAGUUGGGACGAGGAAGAGCUACAGUGUGCAAACCGAAAGAGACCAGAACAGGUUGCUUGCAGCUUUUGAUAAAGUGCGGUCGCAUGGUAUCCACGCCUCUGUCUUCGAUGAAAGUGAGACGCGUACACAUAAAGUAUGACUCUCUUCAACCUGAUUCUGAUUGACUUUUUCAUCGUCCUUCUUGUUUGUUUCUGUAUGUAGUCGUCGUCAUCCUCUUCGUCAUCUUCGAUAUAAGUAUCUGGUCAUCUUCG